CUGUGGUAACGGUCCCCCCGGCGCGAGGUGGAGCCACCAUGGCGGGCAGGGCAGGGCAGGGCAGGCUCGGGCGGGGCUGCUGUGCGGAGGCGGUUGGUGCCGGUGCUGCGAGGGAGAGGCAGCUGCAACCCUUAAUGAAGUAUACACAUUACUAAUGUCCAUCCUGCAGAGAAAUGAACUGUGAAAAAAUUCAAGCAAACAUGUUCCAACUGUUCAUAGAAAGGAUUGCAUAAGUCACACAUUGUGUUUCCACAAAACUUGCCCCACAAUUUGCUGCUGCUCGGCAUGUACUUCACUUAGUUUCCUCCAAUUAAAAUUCGCAAACAGAAAAGCUUUCCAGUGUUAACCGACUCGUGCUUUCCCGGAGAUUUGGAGCCACGUGUUCCAGGAAUGGCUGGGUACACCACGCCGAUACAAUAUAAAGGCAACGUCAAUCACGUUCUCUCACUUUUUAAUAGCUCCCCUCCAUGGUUCUCAGUCUCCAUCACUAGAAACUUAAGAUUAAAGGAACUUUGCUAUAUUUCAAGUACAUUUUAAUCCAUUAAGAUGGAUCUCCUUCAUAGCAAUGGCGUGCUUAUCAUUCAGCAUUUACAGAGGGACUACAGGGCUUACCAGGAUUUCCUUAAUUUUAUGUCACAUGUUGGUGAUCCCCGGAAUAUAUUCUCAAUCUAUUUUCCGCUUUGGUUUCAGCUCAACCAAGUGGUUGGUACUAAAAUGAUAUGGGUGGCAGUCAUUGGUGAUUGGUUCAACCUCAUAUUUAAAUGGAUUUUAUUUGGCCAUCGCCCAUACUGGUGGGUGCAAGAAACAAUGAUUUAUCCUAAUCAGUCAAGCCCAUGCCUUGAACAAUUUCCUAUAACAUGUGAAACUGGACCAGGAAGCCCAUCUGGACAUGCCAUGGGAUCUUCCUGCGUCUGGUAUGUAAUGGUCACAGCAGCACUUAGCUACACAGUUAGAUGGAAAGAUAAAUCAGCAGUUACCCUUCACAGACUGACAUGGUCAUUCCUCUGGAGUAUUUUUUGGAUUAUCCAGAUAAGUGUGUGCAUCUCGAGAGUAUUCAUAGCAACACAUUUCCCUCAUCAAGUUAUUCUUGGAGUAUUUGCUGGCAUUCUUGUGGCAGAGGCAUUUGAGCAUACCGCUGCUAUUCAGACAGCAAGCUUGAGAAUGUACAUCAAGACAAACUUGUUUCUUUUCAUCUUUGCCCUUGGCUUUUAUCUAGUCCUCAAGCUUCUUGAUAUCGACUUGCUAUGGUCUGUUCCAAAGGCCAAGAAGUGGUGUGCCAAUCCGGACUGGAUAAACAUUGACACAACCCCCUUUGCUGGACUGGUGAGGAAUUUAGGUGCACUCUUUGGCUUAGGUCUUGGAAUUAAUUCUGAAAUGUUCAUCACGAGCUGCAAAGGUAAAAAUAGCUGUAAGAUAAGUUUCCGCAUAUUGUGUAUAGCUGCUUCUUUAGCUACACUGCAGCUAUAUAAUUUCAUUAAGAUACCUACUCAGUAUGAGUAUUUGUUCUACAUUCUCUCUUUUUGUAAGAGCGCAGCUAUGCCUCUGACUGUAGUUGCCUUGGUUCCAUACUGUGUCCACUCGUUAAUGAGGACAACUGAAAAGAAACUUAAUUAGAUAAAGUUUCCAGAUGGUUAGCAGUGUGGGGAUGGAUAUGAACUGUUGAAGGACCCUCUGCAAAGGCAGUUUUGCUAACUCAUUUUAACCAAGGGGGAUGCCACUGCAUCUUUGAUGUGCUCCUGGUAAGUAACCAGUACAUCCACACUCAGUACAUUCAAGAAUGACUUUGGCAGCUCAGAAAUAGUAAUUGCUGAUUGUAUUCCUAGAAGUAUUGCAACCAUGCUGCAGUAUAGUUAGAAAUGACCCAAUAUUCUGGGUCAUGAUGAAGUUGUAAAGUAUAAUCAACUAGUUUUAUUUCGCUACUUGGUGGUCUUUCUUUUAGUUCUAUCUGUCUCCAGCUAGAUGGUGCUUCAAGCCUCUGUUGUAUAUAGUGAUACUCAAUAUUUAAGUUUUUUGUAUAUAGAUACUGUGUGUUAAACUGCUAGCUAACGGUGUGAUGGUAUCACACCACCUACAACUGUACAGCCAUACCCAGGCACUGUGAAAAAGGCCAGCAUAGUUAUAAACAAGGUGUUAGGUUUAAUUUAUUGAGCUUCCUGAGCAAAACAGCUUCUGAUUAAGCAAGGUGAGAAAAAAAUAAAAGUUUAUUUCCAUUAGACUCUG